AAAGUUCCGACAUGAUGGCCACUUCACAAGAUUAUUUUGGCAAUCCGUAUGCUCUAUUUCGCGGCCCGCCCAUUACAAUGCGGCCGCGCACAUCGCCGCUGGGCGUGGCUGGUCAUACGCAUGCCAGCUAUGCGGCACUCGAUCUGCAGUCGCCGCACAAGCGCCACAUUGAGACAGAUGUGCGUGCACCGCCGCCACCGUUGCCGCCUCCACCGCUUUCGCUGCCGCCGCUGUCCGCAACAUCGCCGAGGUACAACACUGAACAAGGAGCUAUGGACCAGCAAUUCUGUUUGCGCUGGAACAACCAUCCCACAAAUCUGACCGGGGUGCUGACAUCGCUGCUGCAGCGUGAGGCGCUCUGCGAUGUCACCCUCGCCUGCGAUGGUGAAACAGUCAAGGCUCAUCAAACCAUACUGUCAGCCUGCAGUCCAUAUUUCGAGACGAUUUUCCUGCAGAAUCAGCAUCCACAUCCCAUCAUCUAUUUGAAAGAUGUACGAUACUCAGAGAUGCGCUCCCUGCUGGACUUCAUGUACAAGGGCGAGGUCAAUGUGGGCCAAAGUUCGCUGCCCAUGUUCCUAAAGACCGCCGAGAGUCUGCAGGUGCGCGGCCUUACAGACAACAACAAUCUGAAUUAUCGUUCCGAUUGCGACAAGCUGCGCGACUCGGCCGCCAGUUCGCCCACCGGACGCGGGCCCAGCUAUGGCGGUGGCCUGGGCGCCGAUGUGCGCGACUCACGUGACUCCCUACGCUCCCGCUGCGAACGCGACCUGCGCGACGAUCUGCAGCGAAGCAGCAGCAGCCUCAGCCAGAGCGAACGCAGCUCAGCCGCCGCGGCGGCAGCUGCUGCCGCGGCCGCUGUGGCCGCAGCCGGCGGCAAUGUGAAUGCCGCCGUCGCAGCGCUCGGCCUGACAACCAGCGCCGGCGAACGAUCUCCCAGCGUGGGCAGCGCCAGUGCCGCGGCGGCUGCCAUGGCCGCCGCAGUCGCGGCCGCUGCGAACAGAAGCGCCAGCGCCGAUGCUUUAAACAGUCGCGGCGAUGCCGGCAGCGAUCGGGGCAGCGAGCGGGGCACGCUCGAGCGGGCUGAUAGUCGGGAUGAGCUGCUGCAGCUGGACUACAGUACCAAGGAUAAUAAUAAUAGUAACAGCAACAACAACAAUAGCAGCAGCAGUAGCAGCAACAAUAACAACAACAACAGCAGCAGCAACAACAACAACAACAAUCGAGAGCGCAACGAUAGCAGAGACAGAGAUCGGGACAGAGAGCUCUCCACGACGCCCGUGGAUCAGCUGUGUAGUAGUAAGCGCAGACGUAAGAACUCAUCAUCCAACUGUGAUAAUUCGUUGUCCUCGAGCCACCAUGCGAAUGCGGCCCACAUACAGGACAGACCCUACGCGCAGGACUCUCAGGCGAGCAACUUCAAGUCGAGUCCGGUGCCGAAAGCGGGCGGCAGCACAUCCGAGUCGGAGGAUGCGGGCGGCGGCAGGCGCGAUUCGCCGCUCUCGAUGACCGUUGGCCAUCUGGGCGGUGGCAAUGUGGGCGCGGCCAGUGCGCUGAGCGGACUCAGUCAGUCGCUAAGUAUUAAGCAGGAGCUAAUUGAUGCACAGCAGCAGCAACAUCGUGAGCAUCACGUGGCGCUGCCCCCCGAAUACUUGCCGAGCGCUGCUCUGAAAAUGCACGCCGAGGAUAUGUCCACGCUGUUAACCCAACACGCGCUGCAGGCCGCCGACGCACGGGAGGAGCACAACGAUGCCAAACAGAUACCACUCGAUCAGACGGACAACAUUGACGGUCGCGUUAAAUGUUUUAACAGUGCCCGCAAGCACAAUGCGGACGACGAUGUCGAGCUCGGUGUGGCCGUUGCCGUCGUUGCAGCGGCUGACCAGCAAAUGGCUGCUGAUGAGGAAGAGGCAGAGGCGGAGGCAGCGGCAGCGGCAGCGGCGGCGCUCGCCUACCAUGCCACGCCCAAGUAUAGGCGUGCCAUUAUCUAUGCGCCGCACGAAGAGAAUAUGCCCGCGACGGACCUGUACAUGGACAACAACAACUACAAUUGCGAGUACAAGUGCAAGGAGCGCAAUAUGCGCGCCAUACGCUGCAGUCGCCAGCAGCACCCGCAGCCGCAUCAUCAGCUGGCGGCGGCGCCGCAAACGGCACUGAAUCUGGGCCGGCACAGCAGCGCGAUUGUGGCAGCCACAGCCGCCGAGACGCUGUGCGGCGCCGAGGCGGCCUACUCGCCCACGCCCAAUUCGAGCAGCAGCAGCUAUCGGGAGCAGAUGCAUCAGCAGCAGCAGCAGCAGCAGGCGCCGCACUUGAGCUACGCACUGCAGCAGUCGCCCAAUGGCAUGGCCAAUGCAUUGCAGCCGAGUCAUCAGCUGGAGCUUGCCCAUAGCUAUGCCCACCACGGCCAUCAUGUGCCGCCCCAUGGCGCACUCAGCUCGCCGCACUAUCAGCCGGCACUCUCGCCGCAGCCCAGCUCGUCGUCCGCCUCGGGCAGCAGCACCUCAGCAGCGGCUGCGGCGGCGGCUGCGGCUGCUGCUGCAGCAAAUCGUCGGGAUCAUAACAUCGACUACUCCACGCUCUUUGUGCAACUGUCCGGCACGCUGCCCACGCUCUAUCGCUGCGUCAGCUGCAACAAGAUUGUGUCCAAUCGCUGGCAUCACGCCAACAUCCAUCGGCCCCAGAGUCACGAGUGCCCAGUCUGUGGCCAGAAGUUUACGCGGCGCGACAACAUGAAGGCCCAUUGCAAGAUCAAGCAUGCGGAUAUCAAGGAUCGUUUCUUCAGCCAUUAUGUACAUAUGUGAUCACUUUUUUAGAUAGUUAGACCCCUGUGACGAUAUGUGAAACCCCCUACAAGCAAUUGCAGACCCCCCUCAGUUAUAUAAUUACGUAUACGUAGAACCCUAAGAAUUUCCGAGAGUUUCUUCAGCGCUCACCGCAAUUUAAUUAAAGACAGGUAAAAGAAAUUAGCAAAAAAACAAAUCAAAUCAAAUCAAAUCGAAUAAAAGGUUUUCAAUUUAAACUUAUAAAACAACAUACGUAAUCUUAUAAUGCUGAAAGAUUAAGGUAUUCGAGCAGAUUUUAGCUAAAUAACGAAAUAUAUAUAUAUACAUGUAUUGUACUCUUGUAGUUGAUUUAUCAAAAGACUUUCUAUUAUUUGUUAUUCAAAUAACCUCUAGACGCUUUUUUACAUCAUUUUAAAAUAUGGUACUACACAUACAUAUAUGAUUAUUAUAAACCGCAUAUACCGAGGCCAGUACUUAAGUAAAAACUUUAAAAAGUAUUACAAUUAGAAUUCCACAACUUUACGUUUACCAGUUAAACUUAUUUGUUUAGGUUAUCAUUUCUUUGUUUAUUUAUUUAUACAAUUUAUAUAAUUUAUUUAAACAUUUAACAUGUGCUGUAGUGAGUUUUGACUAAUACUAUUUUGUGUGCCAUAUUAUAUAGUACUUAAACUUGUAUUCUUAUUAAUCAAUGCAACAACAACAAAAACAAUAACCAAGAUAAAGAAAGUAAAUCAAAUUUUAAGCAACAAAUGCAACGAGUGAGGCUUUCAACAACGAGACUUAAGAGUAGCUAAAACUAUGGAAAAGCAAAGAUCAAACGUAAACAAAAGCAAUAGAGAUCAAAACGAUUUCAUAAAUCAUUAAGAAACAAGAUAUUUUAAAUAUAUAAACAGUGAAAUUGUUAAAAAAUAAAACUAAACCAAAACGCGCUCAAUUUCAAAGGCAUUCAUAAGUGCCACAGACAAAUUUGAGCCCCUGCGAGCACUUCGAGCCAACUUUUAUAUAUAAACGAGGCUGCAAACCCAACGAAAUUUGGCGCUAGUUCGGUUCACGGUUCGGUUCACGGCUGGAACCAGUUUUUUCACAUUCAUGAAACCAGGUUUUGACACUAUUGUUUAGCAUAUAUUUUACAAAUUGUAAUAAAAACCAUUCGAUUUUCAAUUUAAUUUUGACCCUUCGACCGAAAAUAUUGCAGAGUGUGCAUGUUUUCAUACUUUUUCUUUUUAUUUCUGCGCGGAAUUGGCAUUUACAAAAUACAAUAAAUAUAAUUUACCGAAGCUCCUUCAAAAGAUCCAAUUUUUUAAUACUGAACCAAUUUGUAUAAAAAAAGAGGUUCAUAUUUCGGUUCCUAGUUUAUUCGAGCAAUUGAUUUGAUUGAAUAUUCAGUUCACACUCAAUAAUAAAUAUAAAUUUCGAGUUUGAACCAGCUUGGUUCAAACCCGCUUUGCAGCCUUGUAUAUAUGGCAAGGUAUCAUCUGAUAUUUGCAUUGAAAUUGGGCGCUCGUUAAAUAAUUGCACUCGUAUCUUUGGCAAGACACCCACCGAAGUGCAUUAGUUGCAUAUUUAUAUUUGACAUAAUUAUUUAAAUUUUAAAAAAUAAUGUAUUUGAAAGUGGUUUGCUAAAGAAACAAUAUGUUAGCCAAACAAAUACUCAGCAAUAAACAAAUACAAAAACAGCAAACGCAUUGUAUUUAAAACAAGAACAGAAAUAGUCGUAGUUUAAGCAAAUGCAAAUGCAAAUGCAAACUCUUAAAAAUAUUUAAAAGAUAAACACAACAAAUCAGCAAGCAAUACUUAACUUCUUUAACUUUACUUAAUAAAUCUCUUUCAAAUCGAA